AUUAAUCCGUUAUCUGCAGACCAUGUCGACAGUCGACCUAAAAAAUCUAAAAAUACAAGUGUGUACAUAGAGAAAUGGCCAACAAUCAAACAGAAAUAUUGAUGAUAACACUAUCUGACGUAAGGCACUGAUAAGAAACUCCACAACACACCUGACUCUCGCACGAAAAUGACUGUGAAAUAUAGAAACAUGUUUAUGCUAGUUUUUGUUUUAAUAAUUCUUCAUAAUUAUAAUGUGAACGGUUCUAUACGUGGUAGUGAGUGUAUAAGACGUUAUAACACGGACCCUGCCCAGGAUAGCCUAGGGGAAGACAUUGACUGCUCUAACUCGCCGUAUGUAUUCAAAUCCGGGUACAAAUUGCCAAUGAAAGUGCACUCGUUAGACUUAUCAAUGAAUAACAUCACCAAUGUCGAACCGUGGGAUCUACUACGCUCCAGCAGUAUGCAGGAGUUGUACCUAAACUUGAAUAAGAUUAAACACCUGAACAACGUUUUUGAGUUACCUGAACUAAGAUUACUAGAUUUAAGCGACAAUUUACUAGAAUUUGUACACGAAGACACGUUUAAAGGUAUCAAGAAAUUGGAGUAUUUGAACUUGGCCAAUAAUAACUUCACGACGUUUGAUAAGUUGGCGUUUCAUCAUUUAAGCAACUUGAAGGAGAUAAUUCUUGACUAUAACAACAUUGGACAGAGUUUGAGAGAAGUAAACCUGUUCGAUAGAGACGGUUUUGGCCUUACACAUAAAAUAACUAGCAUAAGUAUUAAAGGGGUCAAUUUGAACGAAGUUCCAGAAAACUUUUUCACCGACGCUUACGAUUUGAAGAAACUAGUCAUUGCAAACAAUAAUUUGAGUGAGAUUUUCGAGUUGCCGUUUACUUUGGAAUAUCUGGAUCUAUCUGAUAAUCCCAUACCAGUAAUCGUUAUGGAAGAUUUCGAAGACCUACCGAGUCUAAAAGAGCUCAAGCUGAACAAUUUACAAAUAAAGGAAGUGCCUGAUUAUGUAUUCUCUCCCUUGCACAGCCUAGUCAAUUUAGAAUUGUGCAGGAACAGAUUUUUGGUUGAAUUUAGCCCUUUGGCCUUCGGUCGAGAAGUUUUAGAAGACGCAGAUGACUUUAUGCUGGAAAAAUUGUCGUUGAAAGGGUCAAGGUUGACUAUGUUGGACGAGACAUUGCUGCAACCAUUCGGGCAACUGAUCAGGCUGGAUCUUCAAGGCAACCCGUGGAGAUGCGACUGCAGGUUGAUGUGGUUGAAGAAACUGCAGAUUCAACCUCAAGAUUAUCAGGAACUACGCUGUGCCACGCCAAUGCGGCUUCAAAACAGCAAGAUAUUCGAACUGGAGGCGAAAAAACUGACAUGUCCCCUUCAAGCACACAUUGUGGGUCUAUCCAUAACAGUCAUAGGUACUUGCGUGGUCUUAGCAACCAUAGCUCUAUGGGUUUACCUGUUUCUACCCAAGUAUCAAUCUAGACAUAGCGCACUACAAAGUAUGUACUCGUCUUCAACCGCGUAUACAGUUUUACCUUUGGCUGCCACGGACCCUUAUGACAGACGAAAUAAUUAAACCCGAUUACUCUAGCCAUAGAGGCAGCCAAUCAGCUCGCGACACCAAACACUUCAGGACCCCGAUACCGACCCCGCUGGCGUUGUCGACGAUUUCCCUCAAUCAGCGCUUAUCGCUAUCGACCCACUAGGGUCGAUUAAUUCUUUCAAGUAUUUUUCCUCUCAGACGACGCCCUGAGCCGAGGUCCGCGCCCAACUGGGCACCCUCAGACCUGUUGUCUUAAACGUUGUACCGGGUGAGAGCCUUCAGCGCUCCCCAUUUGUCCGGCCAAGUAGUUAAUACCAUCUGCGGCAAGUCUACAAUAAGUCACGUCAAAUAAAAUUAAUUAAUGUUAAUAUUUUUGUAUGGGCGAAAUCUGCCUUAUUUUUUUGUUGUGUAGAUUAUCUGUUGUUGUAGAUAAUCUAGAUUAAGUUGUUUAUUGCUUGUUACUAACCACUAUGGAACAUGUCCGAAAUAAACUCUUUUUAUUUUUA